AUGGUCACAAUUCGGUCUAGUCGCGAUGAAGAUAUUCAUCGUAUUACUGAAAUCUAUCGUUAUUAUGUCUUGAACACGACCUACACAUUUGAAAUUGACCCACCAUCAGCUGAAGAAAUGACGAAACGACGAAUCGAUGUUCUAAGCAAGCAUUUACCUUACUUAGUUGCUGAACAAGAUGGUUUAGUUGCGGGUUACGCGUCCUGUAAUUGGUUUAAGCCACGCGCAGCUUAUCGUUUUGCAGCUGAAUUGUCAAUUUUUCUGCAUCAUGAUGCCUGUGGAAAAGGUCUCGGUCGACAAUUAUUGAACGCUUUAAUCGAAAAAGCUGA